AUGAAGUAUCCAAAUUCCUCUCGCCGCACAAUCAGCCCUCUAGUAAACCGGCCUCCCGCUUCCCAGCAGCCAGUGGCUUGCUCUCCAAUGAGAUUCCCGACGAUCGAGAUGCGGCUCCAAGGUAAGCCUUGAUUAAUCUCAUGGCAAUUCAGCACGCCAGUUGGCCCAAUGGAUUCAAAGAAAGCAGGAUUCUUAGUCGCGAAGAUAUCAAUCAGAAACUUGCGAUAAUACGGGGCCACGGCGAUCGAUGAGGUCUGGCACAACGGGAUACAUAUAAAACCUAAUGGAUUAUGCCCAAUGACUCCGACAUAUACACAUGCUUGCACCAUCAGAUCGAUAUUAUAUAACCGUAAACACAAUUGCACGGCGUAAUGAAAAUUUAAGAGGCUGAGAGAGUUCGAGGCUUGAUGUGCGUUUUCGGGUCUCUAGAUUACAAGUGAUAAAGAUUGCGAUGGAACUAGCAUACCGUUCGGCAGAUCGAGCGGUCUGCAGGCACUCUUUCUUCGCUUCACUCACCUCUAAUUUGCGCUAGUGAUUAUCCGUACUCGAGGCUUACCGACUAUUCGGUCUGACCUAUCAAUACUGGAGUGGAGAACUGACUAUUUGGAAGAUACCCAAGUAGGUGAGCGCCCCAUAGAUUUCUCGGGCCGGCAUUGGAUACGCUCCUGCCUGAAUCGUGCGCUCCCUCCACGCUCGAGAGCUAUCAAUCUGCACAUCAGGUCAAUUCAUUCACGUGUCAAGGUCUUUUGCUCAAGUGCUCCCAGCAAAUUUGGGCAUAUUACCUUACCUAACGCUCACCAAAUAUCUGUCGCAAGUACAUCCAGUCUUGUGACACCUCUGAAAGGACCGCAUCUCCGGUGCGAAUCAUUAUUUACUUAUUACAAGAGGACGCCUCAAACAUCGAGGCCGCAUGCGGUUGACAAUGGAAAGCGAACCUGCAUUAGGAUUAGCACAAGAUGAUAUGAAGGUGGAAGAAUAUGAAGAGGCUAUCAAAAUGGAAGAUGAUGAAUCAAACAUCCUUGAAGUCGAGGAAUACGAGCCCUUCGCUGAUGAUCUGGACGAGGAUAAUGAGUCUUCUGAAUAUUCUGCGGAUGCGGAUGCCGAAUAUUUGUCGGAUCAUGGCCUCCACCAAUCGAAUAAUGGAACAGAUGGACUCGAAAUGAGUGACCCUGCAGUCGAUGAAUCCGAAAUCGAUGAAUCCGAAAUCGAUGAACCCGAAGUCGAUGAACCCGAAGUCGAUGAACCCGAAGUCGAUGAACCCGAAGUCGAUGAACCCGGAAUCGAUGAACCCGGAAUCGAUGAGUGCGAAGUUGACCAGCCUGAAAUCAAGCAAUCCACGAUAGAUGAACAGAAGAUCGAACAACACAAGUUUGAGGAACCCGAAGUUGACGAAAAAUUCAAAGGAACAAGCCCAAAUGUCCGAAAUGUUGAAGCCGAAGAGUACGAGUUCACUGUUCCGGCCUACACGCCCAAUAUAACGCAGGUACUUAUCAGAAGGCUACUCCCAGAGGACAGAGAAUUGAUCAAUGCCCUUCCCCUCGAAAGAGUCAAGCUCAAAGAGGGCGCCUCAUUCGGAUAUGUGUUCCAUGGCAAGAAAAAGUUACUCUAUGGGCUGAUGAGCGUAAUGAAUGGGAAAGAAUACGCCAUGGCAGUAGGAACCAUUGAAGAAGGAUGUGGACCACAGCCUUUAUGGGCAUAUCUGUCUGGACGGCGAGAUUCUCAAAGUCUUCCGGGGGUACAGUAUGUCACUACUUGCAAGAUCAACAAUUACAAGGCAUUUAAAUACAAUGAGCUCGAAAAGAAGCUUACCCCUCUUCCGGAGUUUGCGUGCGAGAUUCGUCAUCUGGGGGCACUCGUCAAGUGGUACUUUUUCAAGGCUGGUGUGACCAUAGCCAACCAACUAAGGUACACGCACUUUAUGUUCGACAAGGCUCUUAUACAAGCAGCACACACACUGAAGAAAAGGGGCUUACCAAUGUCUCGCGAAGACAGCACACAUACGAGCCCCGAUGUGCUAAUCACACCAAGACCCCUCCAAGCCGAACAAAUCUAUCGCACGAGCGAACGAAGAGAGCCAACAACAUUUGCCGCAGAUCAUUUCCAUGGUCAUAGUGCGGGUAUCUCAAACAAAGCCAAGAAUCUGACCUACGUGAACUCAUUGAUAACAACCAUCAAAGAGGCCGAAUACGAGUGCAGUUUCAGCGGGGAGAAUAUGGCGAAAUCCGGAAAAGCCGAAAAGUCUGCGAGAGACAACAUCAUCGCUCUGGAGAAGUCACUGCGCAAAGAAAAAGAGAUCUUGUACCGAUCGUCAUCGAAUACACAAAGGUUCAGGGAGACGUUUGACUUGAAUGCCCGGAAGAGAAACCGAGCGAUGGAGGAAGUGCAAGCUCUGCUUCCAUCCUUCGAAGUAGAAGAUCGGGUCUUCUAUCAAAGGUUUUUUGGUAUUUCACGAGAGGCCACAGAGGCCCAGCAGGAUGGCGAGCCGUUGACAAAGCGCCCUCGGCCAACGGGAUAUGAGUCAGAGCAGGCGUAA